UCCGGGCCCCGCCCACCGCUGUUUUCCGCCGCCCGGCGCCGGCCGUCGCCGAGGCCCGAGUGACUUGAGUCACCGAGCGGACGGCGGGCGCUGGGCUGCGGGCUGUGCGCCGCGCGGGCUGCUGGGCCGCGCACCUUCCUGCUCUUCAGCCUCGGCGCCCUCGGACAUGGUGGCCCCCGGCUCGGUGGGCAGCCGGCUGGGCGCGGUGUUCCCGUUCCUGCUGGUCCUGGUGGACCUGCAGUACGAAGGUGCUGAAUGUGGAGUAAAUGCAGAUGUGGAGAAACAUCUUGAAUUGGGAAAGAAGUUACUUGCAGCUGGACAGCUGGCUGAUGCUUUAUCCCAGUUCCAUGCUGCAGUAGAUGGUGACCCUGAUAACUAUAUUGCGUACUACAGGAGAGCCACUGUCUUCUUAGCGAUGGGAAAAUCCAAAGCAGCACUGCCUGAUUUAACCAAAGUGAUUGAACUGAAGAUGGAUUUCACUGCAGCAAGAUUACAGAGAGGCCACUUACUACUCAAACAAGGAAAACUUGAUGAAGCGGAAGAUGAUUUUAAGAAAGUGCUCAAAUCUAAUCCAAGUGAAAACGAAGAGAAGGAAGCCCAGUCUCAGCUUGUAAAAUCUGAUGAGAUGCAGCGUUUACGCUCACAAGCGCUUGAUGCUUUCCAAAGUGCCCACUACACUGCUGCUAUAACCUUCCUUGAUAAGAUUUUAGAGGUUUGUGUUUGGGAUGCAGAAUUACGUGAACUUCGAGCUGAGUGUUUUAUAAAGGAAGGAGAACCUAGGAAAGCCAUCAGUGACUUAAAGGCUGCUUCAAAAUUGAGGAAUGAUAACACGGAGGCAUUUUACAAAAUCAGCACACUCUACUAUCAACUAGGAGACCAUGAGUUAUCCCUCAGCGAAGUCCGUGAAUGUCUGAAACUUGACCAGGAUCACAAAAGAUGUUUUGCACACUAUAAGCAAGUGAAGAAGCUUAAUAAGCUGAUUGAGUCAGCUGAAGAGCUGAUCAGAGAUGGCAGAUACACAGAUGCAACCAGCAAAUAUGAAUCUGUCAUGAAAACAGAGCCCAGUGUUGCGGAGUAUACAAUCCGCUCCAAAGAGAGGAUCUGUCACUGCUUCUCUAAGGAUGAGAAGCCUGUUGAAGCCAUUAGAAUAUGUUCUGAAGUUUUACAGAUGGAACCUGACAAUGUGAAUGCUCUGAAAGAUCGAGCAGAGGCCUAUUUAAUAGAAGAAAUGUAUGAUGAAGCCAUUCAGGAUUAUGAAGCUGCUCAGGAACACAACGAAAACGAUCAGCAGAUUCGGGAAGGUUUAGAGAAAGCCCAGCGGUUACUGAAACAGUCACAGAAACGAGAUUAUUAUAAAAUCUUGGGAGUAAAAAGAAAUGCCAAAAAACAAGAAAUCAUUAAAGCAUACCGAAAAUUAGCACUUCAGUGGCAUCCAGAUAAUUUCCAGAAUGAAGAAGAAAAGAAAAAAGCAGAGAAAAAGUUUAUUGACAUAGCAGCUGCUAAAGAAGUCCUCUCAGACCCAGAAAUGAGAAAGAAGUUUGAUGAUGGAGAAGAUCCUCUUGAUGCAGAGAGUCAGCAAGGAGGUGGUGGCAACCCCUUCCACAGAAGUUGGAACUCAUGGCAAGGGUUCAAUCCCUUCAGCUCAGGCGGACCGUUUAGAUUUAAAUUUCACUUCAAUUAAACCAGCUCUUUUACUGCUCCUCUUCUUUAUUACUAUUAUUUUUUUAAUAUUAAAAACAAAGAAACUUUGUUUGGAAUUCGAAUGGAAACAAAACAAAACUUUUAGUUUGUCGGUGACCAAAGAGUUGUUUGAGGUAAAAAGCUGUUCUUACUGUAGACUUGAUGGGCAUGCCAAGGUGGGGGCAAAGAGUCAUACUUCUGACAAGCAGCCUGUACGCAUCUUGUGACUGCCUGGGGAAGUGCUCUGAGGCUUUUACUCUGUGGAGGUGUUUAAAGAGCAUUAAAUACAGAUAUUUAACCCAGAGCAGACAGACUCUAUACAGCCUUGCAUAGAAGCCGUGAGGAGGAUUCUUCAGGAGAAUGGACUGUGUCUCAGUAUUCUUAAGAGAAUAUGAACAACUGAGCUGUGUUUUCUUAGGGACAGUUAUGCUUAGAUUUUGGUCAGUGCAGUCACUUGCAAGUAUUUACUCCUGUACCAGUGUCAUCACGGCCAUCACUGCAGGAAGGGUGGAGACCAUCUUUUAGGAAACAUACUCUCAUGUAGUGGGGGUAUGUCCAGGUGUUGAAUGGGUUGAAGUUGAGCAUAUACUUAUAUACUUUUGUUGUUGUUUUUUUUUUUUUUUUUGUAUCUAUAGGAGAAUACCAGUUUCACUUGAAUUUAAUUAUAAAAUCGUACAGAUCCUCCUUUAAAUGUUAAACAGAACAAGUUAAAAUACGUGAAAGAGGCUCAGUGGUAUUUAGACAAUACUGUUGGAGGUCGGUUUGAAAUACCUUUUCAACAGGUGAAGUUCCAGGUUGUUAGACAUGGAGAGCUGCUCUGCUGGCAUGAGCGGAGCAUUGGGACCUGGAAGCGGCAUCUCAGCGUCUCUCGAGUUUUGUUACAUUCAGCCCAACUGUCUUGGUUGUAUUGGUUGUUGGUUUUUGGUCAGUUGAUCUGCCUCACUAGGACUGGAUGUUACCAGAUUUGUUAUUCUGCUUAGAAGAAAGUAUAGGUUUGCAAAUCUAUUCAACUCUAUGUACUUGCUAACAUUUCACUUAAUAAGAUGACAUUUCCUGUUUCCUCCUGAGAUCCCCCUCUUGCUUUUUAAGCAGAUACCUUUUUAAGAAAUAUACUAUUCAGGAUUUGUAUACUGGAUAAUUUUUGCCCUAAAAAUCUAUUGCUAAAUCAAGAACAUUGAGUAUUUAUGAACUACUGAUGUUACAUUGAAAAUCUAAAAGAAUUACUUUGGUAAGAAUUAUAUUACCUUUAUUUUAGAAAGUUUUUUUUUCUUUUUUGAAACAUUGUGAAAUAUUUUAAGUAUAAAGGUUUAAUAUAUUGAUUUUAUGAAGUUAAGCAUUUUAGUUAAUUGUGGGAGGCAUGAAUGUAGCAUCCAAGCACAAAUAAUUUUCUUAACCUAUAGUCAAAUCCUUGAGCAUCUAUAGAAAAAGGCUUUUUAAUGGAAGAACAUAAAUCACAUAGUUGAGUUGAGCAAACCAUGUAAGUGCUUUUUGCCUGUACUUAGGAGCCUGUUUCUCACCAGUAAACUUCACAGUGCAUUACAGAUGCCUUCCAGCUUUCAUUUUGCUUCAGUGUCCCCAAAUUCCAAUCAGGCCAGGCGUAGUCCUGCACCUUUUAUCCUGGCACUAGAAACAAGGAGAAGCAGGCCAGCCUAUACAGUGAGUAUAGGCUGCCCCCCACCAAAAUAGUAAAUAAAAUCAACUCAAGCCAGUGUGGAACAGGUCAUGAAAAAUGUUUUUCAAAUCUUAGUAAUCUUAUGUUAACUACUUAAGUGACCAUUGUUUGUCAGUCUGACUCCAUUUGUGGGUGACAUCACUGACACUUUUGGACUACAUUGAUGGCAUUUGUAUACAUUCCAAAAUGCACUUUUUCACCUAUAGAACCAAGGAAGCAUCAAGUUGCUUACUCUCCCAUUUAGAGCUGAUGAAAAGAUGCCAGUAGCAUGGAGCCAGAGGGAUAGUGACAUGGUGUGGGAUGCAUGGACCUGUAUCCUACAUCUAGUGCCUCCUGAUUUGCUUCCCAGAGAGUUUCAAGGUGUUUUUAUUUGUUUUUGUCUCCUACUUGUAACUACCCAAAGUAACAGGAUUAGUCUUGCUCACUGCAAACUUUGGUGCCAAAGGCAGAUGCCAUGGAGGGAGAUGAAAGAUGAAGGUAGAUUUUCAGUGCUGAUUAGUAAGAUAGGAAUGACCUGUAAAUUCCAGCCUGGAUGCUGUUGGCAGCCUCCUGGUGUCUAACCUAUCCCAGAUGAGUAACAGACUAGUGUUCCUUCUACCUGCCUGACAUUGUAUACCAUGCAGUGUAAAACCACAUUAUUGAAGAAACACUCUCCAUUUUCCCCUUUUCCUUUUUGCAGGGCUACUUCCACAUUCCAGCUUCUGUUUUUGGGAGCUACAGACCUUACCUUUGUGGUAAUUCUGGGGAAAAUAGGAUCAACACUCACCUUAGCUGAACUCUAUUCUGUUUCUAGCUUUUCCUUCCCUAUAAUGAGCUUCUAAGUGCAGCACAUUGGGCUGCAUCCAGACCUCAUCACUGCAGGAAGAAGGAAAAACAUCUGCUACCGGAGGGCAACUUCCUUUACUUCACUUCUCAGUUCUGUAAGUUUACCCUUUCUGACCAUGAAUAGAAGAAAACCUGGAAAAAACCCUCAGUAGUUUAAUUAAUGGGCAUUGGAUAUAACAUCUUAAUUUAAAAACACCCUUAGUAAUGUUUUAAGUAGCAGUAUCGAGAUUAGUCAUUGGAGUUCUGAUAAUGAAUGGAAUUAAAAAUGUUUUUUUUUUUUUUUUCAAAUGUAAGCAGGCAUGCUGGCUUAUGACUAAUCUCAGAAUGUGGGGGCUGCAAUAAUAAGUCACUGUGACUUUGAGACCCCCCUUUAAAAGUACCAAAUUUAUUCACACAACAAAAGUGUGAGAAAGGAUUACUGAUAACCAAGUAGAAAAAUGUCAGUUGUCACUGUUAUUUAUUCCUGGAAGAUAACAUUCACAUGUAAAGGCUUUAACUUGGUCAGAAGUUGUCACUUACCAUGAAGAAAGAAGUAAGAUGUACUGGUUAGAAAUCACUCCUCAGGCCAUUGUGAGUGCCAACCUGCCUCAGAUACAGGCACUGGUGAUGGCCUUUACAGUGUUUUUAGUAAGUACAUAUCACUGGGUAGGAUGAAGUCAGGGCAAUUUUCCUGAGUGUAUUGAUGUUUCUAUAGUGAUCAAGGGAGGAGAAGGCAAGUGAUGAUUUUUAAGAAUGAAUCUCUUUUUCUAGAUCAUAGUGUUCCUUUUCUGUUAGUAGCAGAGUUUACUCUGUAAUUUCAAAUGAUGCUAGGAGGGGGAGAUGAUUUUUUAACAGAUGACCUCAUUUGCUGAAUGAUUUAAGAGUAAAAUUAGCCACUGCGUGGCUUUGUGUACAGUAACAACAGGUUUAUUGCACUCUUCUGUGGAUGAAAUAUUUACCUGUGCAAAAGAAUACAGGGCACAGGGGAAGUAAAAAAUCAGAGAUGUUCGAUAAGUUAAAUUAUUACUCCUAAGCUUAUAUUUGUUUUAAAUGGGACAGACCUAAUAAUCCAUCUCAAUUUAGUGUUUUAAUAAAAAAAAAAAAGGACUAAAAUUAUUUCAACUGGGCUCAUACAUGUCUAUGAAUAUGGGCAAUAUUUUUAUGCCCGUGUAUUUUCACAUUUAAUAAAAAUAUUUAUGGUCUACAGA